AUGUCACUUGCACUUCUUGAACUUGGUUUUAAAAAGAAUGAUCGUCUUCUUGUUGCUUUACCUAAUUGUUCAGAAAGUGCUGUUCUUACACAUGUCGCUUCUAAACUUGGUUUAAUCAAGGUUCAUGUUAAUCCAGAUGCUGUGGCAUGUGAAAUAACUUCUACUUUAACUAAACUCGAAUGUCAAGGUAUUGUUAUGGUUUCGAAUGAUACUACAACUGAAACAUUACGAGAAGCAAUACCUGAUUUCAAUCAAGAAUCAUCUUCAAGUAUACCUAGUUUGAAACAUAUCAUUUUAACAGGAUCAAAUAUAUCAAAUGCUCAUUCAUACAAUGAUUUGAUGAAGAAAGGUGAAAAUAAAAAGACAAAAGAACAAGAAGAGAUUUUAUAUAAAGAUCAAGAAUCAAUUGAUCCUGAUUCACCGUUAGCUAUUAUUAUGACAUCAGGCUCAACAGAUGAACCUAAACCAGUCACGUUGACAAACUUUGGCGUACUUAAUACUAUACUUUCUCACUUGGAUUAUUUUGGAUCAACAUUUUCAAAUCCAUGUGGAGCACAAGUUAUGUUUCAUAUUAGUACAGGUAUUUGGACAAUAUUAAUAAUGGCAGUCAAUAAAUGUACUGUAACUAUUCCAAGUUUAACAUACAAUGUUACAUCAGUCAUGCAAGCAAUUGAUGAAGAAAAAUGUACAAGCAUGAUUGUUUCACCUAUUGUAUUUCGUGAUAUGUUAGCUGAUUCACAACGAUCAAACUACGAUUUCAAUUCAUUGAAAUAUGUUGGAAUAGGCGGUAUAUCUGUUCCGGCAAAGCUUUUGCGUAAAAUAGAAACAGAAUUUGGUGUUGAUCGAGUAGGACAAGCGUAUGGAUUAUCAGAAAGCGGAUGUCUUCUAACGAUUUCUCUUCAUUGCGAAGACAAACGACGGCAUACAUCCAUUGGUCAAUGUAUGCCACAUAUUGAAUUGAAAUUAGUUGAUGAUAAUGGUCAAAUUGUUCCCAUUGGUUCUCAAGGUGAAAUAUGGGCACGAGGCUAUUCAAUAAUGAGCGGUUAUUAUAAUGAUCCUGAAACAACAGCAGAAACAAUUACUAAUGCUGGAUGGUUAAAAACAGGAGAUUUAGCAACAAUGGAUGAAGAUGGUUAUUUAUUUUUUGUUGGAAGGAAAAAACAUAUAAUUAUAACUGGAACUGGACGAAAUAUCUCUCCAACUGAAAUUGAACAUGCUAUUGAAGAUCAUGAGAGUAUCAAUGAAGCACAAGUCUUUUCAAUUCCUGAUCCUCGACUUGGUGAAAUAAUAUGUGCAUUUGUUAAAUUAAAUAAUGGUAUGCAUUGUGAAGUUGAUGAACUCAAACAAUUUCUUGCUGAUAAAUUAACAGACUAUAAAAUACCAGAACAUAUUCGUUUUAUUGAUAAAUUUCCGCGAACUGCAUUAGGCAAAGUAACAAAAUUCAAAUUAGCUGAAGAAAUGCAAAAAAUAUUAAAGGAAUAA